GCUCACGCCCACUGCAGCCAGACUUAUGCGCUGAACUGGGUCUCGAAAUCCAGCAUGAGCGCCUUCCCUUGACUCAUCGUGGAAGGCUUUCCCAAUAACUUUCGACUCGAUAUCACGCUCCAUUUACUAGCGCGCCAUUUGCGACCCACGACCUGCUAGUUUACUGCCUCGAUUGCAGCGCUCGAAACGAAAACCAGAAACAGGAUAUCGAACAGUCCCAGACUUCACUAUGUCCGACCACGAGGAGGUCUCUAUACAGGGGGGCUACGAUACCCCUGUCCCCGAGUUGGACGACCAUCGCCAUCAGUCUGCGUCCUUCCAGCGCCUUGAGCGGCCCAGACGCGGCACUGUCGAUACCCUUUACGCAUCGCGCACCGAUCUGCCCGUAUCGCCCUCAGACAUUCGCGUACGUGACUUCGAGGAAGCUGUUAUCGACGAAGAUGGUGGCGAUAUGUCUCCUUCUCCCAUGGUGCCUCGCAUCCGCCGUCCUACUGUUGAGACCCAGCGGUCUGUAUCCCCUCCGAACUCCGUCAAGGCUUUUGCCGAGGCCAGGCGCCGUGAGCGCCUGGCCUCCGUAUCAUCGGACCCACGGGACAAGGAACACGGAUACAAACUUCAGAGAACCAUUUCGGCCAACAGUCGCCGCAGCGAGCGCACUCAUAGGUCCGGCCGCACUGGGGCCAAGACCGCGGACAACGAUGCAGCCAGCCUUUCUACGAACAAAUCAGCUGAGGAAGACGUCUGUUUCCCCAUGCAGGACGAACAUCGUCGGGAUGAGUUGUACAUCGACUUUGACUAUUUGGAGAACUUCAUUGCAAGCGACGAGAUUAAUCGUGAUACUGGAGCGGAUAGCGCCGUUCGCGUAUUCUCCAAUCUUCAGGCAGAUCCCAAUGUGCCUAGUGCUCCUCCUAUGAUCACGAUUGAUGGUGAUAUCAUUCAUCCUCCAGCCCCGAGCUCCGUAACUUACGAGAAAGGAGACAUUCCAGAUUCACCUGGUGUAUCCGAGAUUCCUGCACGAGAGCAUGUUGAUCCGAAUCGUUUCAGCUUCUUCUCUUCAAGCUGGGAGUCAACCAUUCACGCUGCUUCCUUUGGAGGGCUUGUUCUUCCAGGAGAGUCUGUCCGCGGGCUCUUCUCUUUCCCCGAAGACGAGCAAGAUGGAGUUUGGUGGUUGAAUGUCAACAACCCUACCGAGGAUGAGGCUCGAGCCAUUUGUAAGGCUUUUGGUAUCCAUCCGCUGACAAUUGAAGACAUCACGGUCCAAGAAACCCGAGAAAAGAUUGAGCUUUUCCCCUCGUACUACUUCGCCUGUUUCAGGUCUUUCACGAUCAUCCAGGAGGAGGAUGGGCCUGAUUACGAGCCUUUCAACAUCUACGUCAUCGUCUUUCGAGAGGGUACCCUGAGCUUCAGUUUUCAGCCCAACGAACAUGCUAAAAAUGUUCGCGGGAGAAUUACUAUGCUGAAGGAUUACCUCUCGUUGAGCAGCGAUUGGAUCUGUUAUGCUUUGAUUGAUAACAUCGUGGAUACAUUCGCGCCUGCAAUUCACAGAAUUGAGCUUCAGACCGAAUCGAUCGAAGAUUCUGUAUUCAUCGCAAGAGCCGAGGAUAUGCAUCAGUUCCUGCGAAAGAUCGGAGCAGUCCGCAAGAACACUCUUGGUCUCAUGCGCAUCCUUGGUGGCAAGGCCGACGUGCUCAAGGGUUUUGCAAAGCGCUGCAACGAAAACUACAGAGUAACGCCUCGAAUGGACAUUGGCAUGUACUUGGGCGACAUUCAGGACCACGUGGUCACCAUGAUGACCAACUUGACGCACUUCGAGAAGAUUCUUUCGCGUGCACACAGUAACUACCUCGCCCAGUUGACCAUCGAUAGUAUCACGCAGGGAACAAAGACCAACGAGGGUCUGGCCAAGAUUACGUUCUUGGCUUCAAUCAUCGUCCCUCUAAACGUCAUCACCGGACUUUUUGGAAUGAACGUCAAGAUUCCUUGGCAGAACGACGAGAGCGAAAACCUUAAUGCGUUUGGUGGCAUCAUAGCCACCAUGGUUGUUGUUUCCAUUCUGGCAUUUAUUAUUGCGAAACGAGCCAAGUACAUUUAGGUAAUCCAGCUUCUUAGAAAGGCUCUGUUAUAGGAUGGAACUUUUCAGGUUUUCUACAUUUCGAUCUUCGUUAACCGUAAUGAUGGAAUGAUUGAUUUGCUACUUCUAGAGUAUUGCAUUGCGUUCAGGAGCCAGGGACAAGAGACUCAUUACAUGAUAGAAG